AUGAACGCUGAACGUAGAAGAGAGCGGUGGAAUUCACUCAUGCGUCGUUUUCGAGGACGCCAGCUGAACUUAUGUCCAUCCUGUAAUUUAGUAGCAGUUUACACGCCCAAAACAAAGAUCUCCGCCUGCGAAAUAACCUCCAGCGGCCGUUUUGUGGUGCUAGCAUUGGACGGAUGCAAAAAGCUGGUGACGCUCGAGCUAAAAGGUCCGGGUAUCGGCGAAACACCCGAAAGCGAAACGUACGGCGAGGAAGAAAACGCGGGAAAAACGUUUGUGCUACCAGAAAACUGCUGACCAGAAUAAAGGAAUCUUAGUCCAUAAUUCUCAAAUCUUUAACUUUUAGACUAUUACUAUAAGGAUGAGAGACUUCAAAUGGAAAGAGAAUUUGAACC